AUGCCACGCUACGCUGGAACAUGCAGCUACGGUUACGGGGGAUCUAUUUCGCAUACCAUCGUCGAAGAAUACAAAGUUCCCAUGUCAGAAGAUAAGACAGGAGAUCCACCACGCCCUCAGGUCUUACUACUCUCAGCGCCACUGGAAAAAGGCUUAGCACGUCAAGCGGACACCCUGGCAUCUUGGAUGAAUGAUAGCGGUAAACGUCAUGAACCGGCUGCCAUCGCAACAACUUUGGCUACUCGCAGGGGUCAUCGUAGACCCGGCAGCCGUUUUCCGCAUGCGGAUAGUUCCCAGACGCCUCCGCCCUUAGCGGGGGAAGUGGCUCUAGUCACGGCGGUGGCAUCGGUGCGGGCAUUGCGCUGGGCUGGCGAGUACCAAGCCAGCCGUAUACAGCUAGAAUUCGCAGAUAGUUGA